AUGCCUCCAGUCUCGGCGGAGCCAAUGCCAGACACGGGCCAUACCAUCACCACGAGCGAGGGCUUGCUAUCACCAAUCGACAGUCAUCUUCUGCCGGUACUGGCAAACUUUACUGGGUGCCCCGAAGACCCUUACUCGAAUUUCAUAUAUCCAACAGCCGAGUCUCUGCUAAGGCCAGCAUUCCUAACUCCCUUGGUAUGCAGCGAUUUAGAUCAGCUCUAUUUUGAUCGCGUCCAUGUAUUUGCUCCGUUCCUGCACAAGGUCCGCUACUUUUCUUGGUCUAAAGAGGUGGACAAACCAAAGGCGAGACUUGGCCUGCAAUAUGCCAUGUGGACCUUGACUGCAUGCUUCUCCAGCCAGUUCCAUAUGAUUCAGCACAGCCUGUAUACAAGCACGCGACGGCUGCUGGACUCGAUUGAGAUUGAAAGCCAUGACAAUUCCGUAAUGGGUCUCGAGCAGGCUCAAGCCUGGCUGCUCUUGUCGAUAUAUGAAAUGAUCAGCGAGCAGUUCAGGCGUGCCAUGAUCUCUGCAGGCAGAGCUUUCCGAUUGGUCCACCUGAUGAGGUUAUUUGAAGUCGACCGACAGCUGCCACUAGGCUUUCAAGGAGAUUGGGUCGAUAAAGAGUCAUUGCGCCGGACCUUCUGGGUCGCUUACAUCAUUGAUCGUUUUACGAGUAUAGCCGAUGGGUUGCCAAUGACUUUUGAUGAAAAAGAAAUAGGUACCCUGUUGCCCGCUCCAGAAUCUCAUUUCAUGAGUGGACAGCCCAUUGACAUGUGCUAUCCUUCUGAUAUCAUUGGCGGAAUCGACGCGAUAAAACCUUUGAUGGGAGUCGAGAUUGGCCCCUUUGCGGAGUCAGCCAUCAUGGCUACCGUUUGUGGCAGGGUAGUGAACCUUAGGCGGCAGCUUAUGAAUGAAUACGGCGGCCAAAGCCUUCCUCCGAGUUUCUACCGACAGCACCAGUCAGUAAAUUCGAUCCUCUCGAACCGAUUACAGAUCAUUUCGAGACAAGUCGAUUCCAGCCAGGAGCACCCUAAUCCCAUCUUGAUUUUCCUCGCUCUGAGUGCAUACAUGUCAAUAUUUCUGCUCUGCGAGACCAUCGAAGCCAAACAAAUGAGCCCCGAAACCCCAGAAUCGGCCUUUGACAGUAGCGAACAACGAUCACUCGACAGCACAGACAAGUUGGGCAGGCUCAUCACAUUGCUGCCCCAACUCAAUGAUUUUGAGGUACAUCCUUUCACGCCGAUUCCACUGGUUCUCAGUUACAAGUUCUGCAUAUCACAUGCUGGAAUGGAGGAAUCCUACGCUGGCUUGUUGCCAUUAAUCACAUCAGCGCUGCAAGGCUUGACGCACGUUAACGGCCUGGCGAGAUAUUUUCUCAAGAUAUUAGAUGAUUGA